UGUUGAAACAUUGAUUUUUGACGAUUCCUUCCCUGAGAAGAGGGAGAGGAGAAGAAGAAAGAAAAAGGAGAACUGAAUUGAAUUAGAUUAGCAUGAAGGACCUUUUCACGCGGAGACUAAAAGUACUGCGCAUAACUUCCUGCUCAGAAAUAUAUGCAAAUAAGAAGACAGAUCCUGAAAGAGCAAGCUUAUGACAUCCCUUUCCCUUCUCAAGUGGACACUGCUAUGCUCUCACCUCUCACUGAGAACUAAAAGUCUGCAGAUGCUUCCUGCGCUUGAACAUUGGAAUCCAAGUUCUUCAGCUUUGGGACUCUUGGACCUUCGACCACAGACUGAAGGCUGCACUGUCGGCUUCCCUAUUUUUGAGGUUUUGGAACUUGGACUGGCUUUCUUGCUCCUCAGCUUGCAGAGAGCCUAAUGUGGGACUUCACCUUGUGAUCGUAGGAGAGUACAGGUCGUGCUGCAAUUAGUUCAUUGAAAACUCAUUUGCUCUUGGAGCAGUCAGGCAGUGACUGCCUUCGGCUUUUUUUCUGCUGAGUAAGAUCUCCUAUAGAGAGCUACAACAAUGCCCAAAAGAAAGGCUGCAGGUCAAGGUGAUAUGAGGCAGGAGCCAAAGAGAAGAUCUGCCAGGUUGUCUGCUAUGCUUGUGCCCGUUACACCAGAGGUGAAACCCAAAAGAACAUCAAGUUCAAGGAAAAUGAAGACAAAAAGUGAUGUGAUGGAAGAAAACAUAGAUAAAAGUGCCCAAGCAGUUGCUGAAACCAAGCAAGAAGCAGUUGUUGAAGAAGACUACAAUGAAAAUGCUAAAAAUGGAGAAGCCAAAAUUACAGAGGCACCAGCUUCUGAAAAAGAAAUUGUGGAAGGAAAAGAAGAAAAUAUUGAAGAUGCCACAGAAAAGGGAGGAGAAAAGAAAGAAGCAGUGGCAGCAGAAGUAAAAAACGAAAAAGAAGAUCAGAAAGAAGAUAAAGAAGAUCAAAAUGAAGAGAAAGGGGAAUCUGGAAAAGAAGACAAAGAUGAAAAAGGGGAAGAAGAUGGAAAAGAGGAUAAAAAUGGAAAUGAGAAAGGAGAAGAUGCAAAAGAGAAAGAAGAUGGAAAAAAAGGUGAAGACGAAAAAGGAAAUGGAGAAGAUAGAAAAGAGAAAGGAGAAGAUGAAAAAGAGGAAGAAGACAGAAAAGAAACAGGAGAUGGAAAAGAGAAUGAAGAUGGAAAAGAGAAGGGAGAUAAAAAAGAGGAGAAAGAUGUAAAAGUCAAGGAAGAUGAAAAAGAGAGAGAAGAUGGAAAAGAAGAUGAAGGUGGAAAUGAAGAAGAAGCUGGAAAAGAGAAAGAAGAUUUAAAAGAAGAGGAAGAAGGAAAAGAGGAAGAUGAGAUCGAAGAAGAUGGAAAAAAAGAGGAGCCGCAGAGUAUUGCUUAAAACUGCCCUAUGUAGUUUCAUAAUUUGGUAACAUGUACCUUCAUGUUGUAAAGUUAAUAGAGAUAAAUAUUUUUAUCAAAAAUUUUAUAAACGCAGCCUUUCUUUAGCAUUGAUUUAAUUUCAGAACAUCUUCAUAUUGAUUAUUAGCCAUAAAGUUUCUAACAUGAAACAUUUAUCUAUAAAUUUUGUGAUUAUAGUAGUGGAAUAUAUAGAAAAAAAUAUGCUUUCAACUUUGCGAGUGAAUUUCGUGUUGUGUAAGUUAUGUGUCAAAUCUUUGAAUUUUAAUUUUACUCUUUUAUAUAUGUGAUAAUUUCAUUAAGUGAGGGAUCCCAAAAAAAUAGUUUCAUCCAACAUUCUUGUUGUUCUGCAGGUUGCUUUUAUAAAGAAGGUGAACUAUUUUCAUGUAAUGUUAAGAGUUAAACUUAUCUUUCCCAAAUAUAACUUUAUUAUUAGCUUGGGAAAAAUGAAAUUGUAUUCCCAUUUUUAAAAUAAAUACAAAUGUUUAUUUCAGAAGGGCAGUUUUGAUUAUAUGUGAAUGCACAAAUUUUACUGGAUUUAUCUUAAUAAAAAGACUUUGAUGAU